AUGAACGACGCCAUUGACUUUCGCAAACUCUGGUUGGACGAAAAGCACCGGGCGCGAGACAAGGCUGGCGGAAAGGGUACUCCAGACUCGUCGGCACCGCAGUCCUCCUCUACCCCGGCACCCACCGCCGCGUCUAUUUCCUCCACCGAUCCGCCAGAGACCCGGGUUCGACUCCCCGUCUGGAACGGUCCCAAUCUCGACACACUCGUGCCGUGCGUUCCCGUACUAAAUCACCACACGCACCGCGUACCCCCUCCCGCUCCGGAUUCCAUCUACUAUCUUCCCCACUUCCUCCCCGACUCUUGGUCCGCACCCUUGUUGACUUGGCUCCAGGCCUUGCCCUCGCGUCCGCCACUACGAGCCAAUCACGCGACCGACACCGCCCGGCAAGUCCAGGGACAAUGGACGACCCUCACGCACGCCCGGCGUCGCGUCGCCCUCUUCGACGCCCGUCUCGAACCGUUGCCACCACCCCUCCUCGCCAUGGCUCACGCCCUCGUCCACGCCGGAAUCCGUUUCGACGCGAGUCAUCGUAGUGGUACUGCGCCGGAUACGCCCCCGCGACUCCCCAAUCACGUCUUGAUCAACGAAUACCAACCCGCCGACGGCAUACUCCCCCACACGGACGGACCGUCCUACGAACCCUGCACCGCCACACUCAGUCUCGGUGGUGACGUAGUCCUACGGUUUGCUCCCCGUGUCCAUCGAAAAGAAGAUCCUCGGGCGAGACUGACGACGCGACCGACGGACGCCCACGCCGUGUACUUGUCCGGUCGGGGCUCGCUCGUCGUCUUUCGGGACGACGCCUACCGAGACUACGGCCACGCCAUUCGGUACACGGACCACCGUUACGCGCAUGACAACGACGACAAUAAUAACAACAAUCACGACACGGAAACGGUCCCGACGGAUUGUUACUACCGCGCGGACCACGAUACGGCAUCGGAAAGCCUCGUCUCGGCUCUACCCGCGUCUCCAAUCGUCCGGGCCUAUCGCGUGUCUCUCACCUUUCGGUUUCACAAGGACGGCACAGCGUAA